ACAACGUCGCCAGUGUAACCACAGAAAAUUUGGAAUCCUGCUUUUGUAGGUUAAGUUUUAGAAAUACAUAAAUAGAAAAUGUCUUUAAAUGCGUGCUUAAUACUCCUUCCUCGAGUAUUCCGAAGUUCACAAUGUAAGAGUGUAAUUACCAAAAACUAUAUGUUAUAUAAAAACUUGUAUUUGUGUCGACUGCAAUCGACAACCCAAAAUAGGAACGAAGUCCUAGUGUACCAUGGCACUUUGACCACACAAUUACGGGGUGUUAAAGUCUUCUCGUUAAUGACUAGCCUGACUGGUAUAGUCGCUCAGCCGUUUAUAUACACUCAAUUAAUGUCGUUAAACAAUGUACCUCUAAUGAUUGUUGCGUGGUCUUUCUUUGGGCUAUUUACUAUCGGCACUCCUCUUCUACUACAUCUCUUAGCACGAAAGUACGUAACAACGCUGAAAUACAAACCCGAGACAGAUACUUACGUCGCGACAACACUAAAUCUUUUUAAUAUAGCAAAGGAAUUGGAAUUUAAGCCUGCAGAUGUAAAAGUUCCCGAAGUUCUGGGUAUGUUUACGAGUUUUACAGCUAAGGAUAAAGCGUUAUUUGUGGACCCAAGGUUUUUCUCAGAUCCGAAGCAUUAUGGAAGGAUAAUGGGUUAUGAUAAACCGUUAGAUUUUAAGUUGUGUAAGAGUAAUAUCAGUGAGGGUAAAAAGUAGUCGUUAAGUGCUAGUGUAGCAUAUUAGUCGAUUAAUAAAAAAUAAUUGUUGAUGUUU